AGUGAGGCGCGGCAGCGAGGUGCGGCAGUGAGGCGCGGCAGUGAGGCGCUGUCAGCCAAUCAGCGUCCAGGUGCCGUUGUUUUGAAUGCAGUGAAGAAGACAAGUGUCAGCAGUAGUGGCGGGGGAGAUGCUCACUUUUACUGACAUUUUCCCAAGUGUGCUCGGAUUUCCGCCCUCGAGUCGGACAUGAGUGUGAAGCAGUGUAUCUCAGGGCCGUACCGAGCCACUAAACUGUGGAAUGAUGCAGUACGGUCCUUUUACAAUGGAAUGCCAGUCUCGCGGCAUUGGAGGGGGCUACGGCAAUAUGAGAGAUGCUUCACAGCUACAGAAGCCAUUGACUGGCUUCUCAACCAUCUACAGAGUGACCCUAAUUUUGCAAACAGUGUUUCACGAGAACAGACAACUAAACUUCUUAGGAAAUUCUUAAAAGCUGGUUUAAUUGAAGAUGUUCGAGGGAAUACAACGAAGCCUGAGGACUUCAAGGACAAUAGAGAACUUUACAAGUUCAGUAAUAGGUCACCACUGAAAGCAUUACGCACACCUCGUACACCAGGCCGGCCAGUUUUAGGACCUUUACAUAGCAAUACCUCCAACCCAAGGCAAGACAAAGACGAAGGAGCUUCUCCAAUACUGAGAAGGAUUCAUGGAUCAGUAAGAGAGUCAACCAAAGCGACUGAAAAUCUGAAUAACGAGAGACAACGAGAUGGUUCUAUUAGAGUCAAAAACUGGCCCAAGAGACUUGGAUCAAUUCAUCUGGGCGAAAAUGCAGCCAAUGAGGUGAAAGACCGUGGUGGUAUGCAAGAAUGCCACCUAGUAGCUAAGCAGCUGUCCAAGGCCGAGAUCAAUGAUGUUUGGAAACAUGUCCUCCUUGGCAAGCUAGACUCUGUGUGUGAACGUUUAUUGUUUGGUGACACAUCCUCCAUACUGGACACCAGACUAGUGGAAGGGGAAUGGAUCCAUCACAAUAUGACUAAAGUGACGUCAAGGGGUGUGGUACAAGUCCCUGAGGGUCACCCUGAUGACCUUCCUAAUUGGAUCCUCACUGCCAUGAAAUGCAUGGCACACUGGCCAAGUAUUGGAGACACAAGUUGCAAUAUCCCUAAUUACCCUGGAGUCGAGAAAGAUGUUUUCAAAAUUGUUCGUGACUUCUUCACCAAUCUGGUUGUUCCACUGAUUCCAUACGGACUCUACGAACCUUUCAUUAGAAUUUACAUUGGAGUGGAAUUCUUGGACAUAACAUGCCGUUCUCCAAAUUCCGUUGGUACACUGUCCUCUAGUGGCAGGAGCUAUGAUGGGAGCUAUGUGCCAGAAGGUUUUAAUGAAGGUGAUUCUGUUGAAGAUUUGAUGCUCAACAUGAGUAUUUCUGGCCAGCAGAAGACCUCUACACCAAACACAGAAAAUGAAAAUAAUACAAAUGGAGAGAAAUGGGAAGAUGGACAUAAAGGAUUCAGACGGCAGGGGUCAAGUAGAAGUCUGGGUGGUGGUUUCCAAACCCCGUUGGUAAGUCCAACAGCUACUCUUAAUGCCUCUAACCUUCAGAGUCUUAAGCUUAGAAGGUUGAAAAAUUAUACAGAUUUUAAAGAAGACAAUCUGUAUCCCACACUGCUGGAAGGAAGUCAUGAAGGCAGUGCUUUGGGAAUUCUUCUUGAUAAUCAAGAGAAUGGAAGGUCACUCAGUCGGCAAAGUAAAAUUUCUAGUGAACCGUCAAUGCAGAGACAACCAGAAACUGUUCGCUCAGUCAAAACUAAUGAUUAUGCAAGGAGAGUAAGAAAAGAGAAUGAUUUUAAAGAAGCAAAUUGUGAAUCUGCUGGUGCUAUUAAAAGUAAUGAAUUAAAUAGUUUUGAGCUCCCCCAGAACUGUUGUUUUGAAACUGCGUUUACAUCAGAUAGUCCGAAGACCAGAAUUAUUCCACAGAAGUCGGUUGACUCGUUACAUUUCAAGAAUGGAGGUAGAGCAAAUGGAAUACCGAAACAAAGACCUAAAAGCAUUGCUGUUCCUUCAUGCUCAUCUUGUGAGAGACCAGGAUCAGCAACCAGUUUUAAUAAUACCAAAGACCUGAAAAAUGUUUCUUCAUUUUCAGAUUUAUUUAAGUCUAGCAUAAUGUCUACUAAUACAAGUGAUGAGUAUGUGACUGCACUUGUGCAUUCGCCUUUAAAUCGUUCAAGAUCAGCCGGAAAUCUAGAAAUUCUUAAUGAAGAUAAAGUCAUACGAAAGUCCUCAGAGUCAGUGAGUGUGCAUAAUUUAAAUGAUAUAAUUCCUCCAAGAAGUUUGGCUAGUAGAAUCAGAGACUCAAUUAAAAGGAAGCACAUUCGUGAUGAUUUGUGUUCUAGAAAGCGUAUCAAUCGAAGUAGGGAUAACAAAGAUAGAUGUGAAGAAAAUGAUGAAAUCCAAGCUAUGGUCCCUUUAAGAACAAAAUCUGGGGGCCAUUCAAACCCUGGCUUUGCCUCAAUGAAUAUUAGUCAGGAGGACAAUAAAAGCAACAAAUCAUUUGCAUCAGAUUACCAAGAGCAUGGUCCAGGCUUGAGUCAUCUACGCACAAAGUCGGGGGGAUUUUUGAAUUUGGCUUUGAUGCCAUCCAGUGACAGUAUUGACACAGUUGAUUCGGGAAACACUUUCUCAGGCCCUCCCACUACAUGUUCACACACAGCUGUGAUGCAUCAGUGCUCUGUGUCCCCUGUUUAUGGUUACUCUAAAAGACAGGAGCAUUCUUCAAUACCUCGGACUGAAGUCCUCCGACGAAGACACAGUACAGCUGAUGGAUGUCUAAGUCAUAGUUUAUCUUCAUCAGGAUUUAGUGUGUACCAUUCUGUCUUAUCACAGCCAAGUAGGAACAGCCCAUCAAAUCCUCCAGGUCCUCCAGUUCCACCAAGGUCUGUACGCCCAGUAAGUGGAAUGGGAGGCAUUUAUUCAGCAUCACAAUUGCAAGAGUCUCGUAGGAUACACGACUAUGAAAAUGUGUCAGACUUCUCCAAGCAACUGUCGUCAUCUGCUAAUGAGCUAAGUGACAAAUGGGCCGACCGAACUCCAUACGGACAAGUGCCCCCAUUUGCUAAGGGGGGAGUGUGGCGUCACUACCACUCCUCCCCAAGUAAGCGUCUCAUUGGGCGCAGGAAAGGGAUCGAGUUUUACUAUGGGAGCAAAGCUUGUCUGCCUGGACUUCUAACAAGAGAAGGUAAGGAUGCUGCCAUCAGUUCUGUUCAGCUGCUGUUGCUGCUCUUGGCUCCUGUGCGACGACGGAAGCUGCAUCUUCUUCUCCGCAUGAUGAGUAAAAUGUCCAGUAAUGACAGGUUGACCCUGGACCAGGAGCAAAGCACAAGAGCUCUGGUACUGAACACAUUCACACGGUGUAUCCUCUUAUGUGACCAAGAAGUGGAUUAUGAUGAGGUGUUGUCCCUUCGCAUUGUCUCGUUUUUAAUGGACAACCAUGAGGAAGUAUUACGUCCCCCGCAAGAUCUUGCUGUUCUUGUGCAUCGCAGACUUUCUCAGAUUCAACGGUGCCAGAUUGUGUAUGGUUCCACCAUAGAAGACAGGGGCAUGAUACUCACUUACUGCCGCCAGGUAUCAAAUGCUGAAUAUGAACGCCAGCGCAUGACAGGCUCUCAACAGUAUCUGGGGCAGCUUCUUGAUCAAAUUGUAGAUAAUGAAAAAAUAUCUGCCAAAUCAAGAAAGAAGAAACUUAAAGAAUUCAAGUCACUGUAUCCUGAGGUUUACAAGGCAAGAUUCCCAGAAGAGCAGAAGCCAGAAAAUCGUAGCAAAAUGCGAAGUUUGAUCAAAUUAGCAUCCUUCUCUUCCCUGAACAAAGGCCGUACAUUGAGGAUAUGAAGAGGCUAUAGAAAUCUAACCAAAGAUGGUGGUUUGCUAAGUGAUAUUUAUGGGUACUGCCCAUACUGACAUGUAUUAGUGCCAUUGAGUAAUUACCUAAAUGAGUGCCAAAUUGUAGACAUAAUUAGUGAUGGUUACACUGUGUGAUUAUGCCUUUACAUUUUUUUGUUGCUCAUAAUGUAAAUACACUUUUUAGCCUCUUAGGUUAAUUCUACUUACCAGGUGCUAAGCUUCAAAUGUUUAAUGCACUCACGUAAUAUUUGAAAUAAUUGUAAAACAUUUCACUUGUGGUGCAAUUUUAUAUUUUAAGUAAUAUGCAAUAUCUGACCCUCAGGAAUGUUUACAAUGGGCCCAUGCUUUUGUAAUGUUUUAUCUAUUGUACAUAUUCCACAGAUUUCAUUCUUUUAUGUUCUUUCUUCAUAGAAGUUUUUGUGAUAAUUGGUUUAAUAAGAAAUAUUUAUGUAUUUUCCAAUUCAUCAUUUUAAGAAUCAGUCAGAAUGUUUAUUUAUUAACAGUUUUCCUGCAAAGAAUAUUUUUUAGCAAAUUCCUCUAUAUACCUUAUGGAUGGCUAGGUUAGAUUGUUGCUUGGAACAAAAAUAACCAAAUAUAAUGUAUCCACAAGGAUAAUAAAUGAAUUUAUAAUGCCAGUGAAGCUAAAGACGGUUGAUCCUUGUCUGUUGUCUUUCAAUGGCAUUAUACUUUUAUUUAUUUGCUUUCCAGUAUGUUAUUUUGAUUGCUAGACUACAACUAGAAUCAAUAGAACCAAAGUUAAUGUGAAAUUUGCCAUUUAGAAAAUCUGUUUCUUAGAAGGAUAAGUUGAUAUUUUCAUAUUUAAGAUAUUAACUGCAGUUUAUCAUUUUAGAAAUGUUUAUAUUCCUCAUUUCUCAAAUACCUUAAAUAUUUCAGAAAUUUGGACCUUGAAUUUUGUCAAUCACCAAAUGAUGUUAAUAUAUCACUCCCUUUUAAGAUGUAACCUUAUGAGAUUGUUGAAAUAUUUGGUUACAACACUGUUAAGUGUUAACCUUUAAUGGAAAUAGAUAUGUGGUCAGUAAAUUUUGAUCCCGAUGGAAAAAAAAAAAGGGGGGGGGGGAGAUUUGUGCUAUUAAAAUCCAUUUACAGUACAUGACUGAUUUUAUCAUGAAUUCUUAAGUACAUAGUUUGGCUGCUUUAAAAUUAAAGUGUAGAAUCCUCUAGAAGUAUAUCUUAUGGAUUCGUUUGAGGAAUUUUUAUUUUAGCUUACCCCCAAAUGAUGUAACUUGUGAAAAGGAAUUAGCUAAGAGGCCAUAGGCCAUAUUGGUUUAAUUUAAAAGAAUAUUUCUGAACUACAAGACAGGUCAUAUGAUUUGACUUGUGCAAACAAUUUCAUCCUUUUGCAUCCUGUAACCUUUUACUUAAUAUGCAGUCAUCAGGUUUUGCUUUUUUAAAUAUAAUGCAUUAA